AUGGGUCUCGCUGUGUUGCCUCCGGACUUUGAGGACGAAGUGGUCCAGCCGACUGAUGUGCGACGAUAUGACGACCAUCCAGAGGACAGCGACACCUCCAUGGACGAGGCGGACGGUCGACCUUCCAAACGUGUUCGAUUGACAGAAUUGACAUCGGGCCAGAUAGUUCUCCCAGGAGAGGCUAUCACAGACGAUACACAAUGGAUGAGGGGUCACGGAACGUAUGUGACCGAUUCGUCGACAACAAUCAUCGCGACUCUAGCCGGGCUUUUGAAGACGACCAACAAGCUGCUUUCGGUGGCUCCUUUACGCGCGAGAUACACUCCCGAAAUAGGAGAUUUGGUGGUCGGCCGGAUCGUGGAAGUGCAAAAGAAUCGAUGGAAGGUGGAUGUUGCGGCGCCGUUACUUGCGCAGUUGCCUCUCUCAUCUAUCAACCUGCCAGGAGGGGUGUUGAGGCGGAGAACCACGGCGGACGAGCUACAAAUGCGGAACUACUUCCAGGAAGGCGAUCUGGUCGUCGCCGAAGUCCAGCAGAUCGGAAGCAGUGACGGCACUGCAAGCUUACAUACCCGGAGUCUGAAAUAUGGCAAGCUGCGCAACGGCAUGUUUCUGGCUGUCUCUGGCACAGGCGGAGGAGGUGGUGUCAUUCGAAGCCGGAGACAGGUGUUUACGAUCAACAGCGGUGCCCAAGGUGGCGGGGACGUGGAUGUCAUCCUUGGUGUCAACGGCUAUAUCUGGCUAAGCAAGCAUUUGGAACAAGCGGACGAUCAAGGCAGGAUGAGCGGUGGUGUCAGCAUCUCGAACCUGGACGAUGUGGUUAGCAGUGCCAUCUACUCGAGCCAGAACGACGAAAUCCCAGAAGGCACCCGACGUGAAAUCGCUCGGAUUUCGGAAUGCAUCAAGAUCUUGGCCGAGGACGGGGUCAGAGUCGACGAAGAUAGUGUCAUCAAGGCCUAUGAGGCUGCUGUUGACGCUGAGAUGAGUGUAUUGGACCAAGCAGGAACAGGAACUAGGGUCAGUGAGGAGGUGCGGAAAAGAAUCGUCGAUGCUGCGAUUCAUUGA